AUGCUCGUUAAGGGUUGCCAUCUUGCUGGGAAUACUUCAUCAGUUGUCUCAAACAUUUCGCGAAAGAGAUGUUUUGAAGAAUUAAGUAAUCAACUAGGAUUCUCCACGGACUGGCGGUAUCAUCCUGAAAUGAAUGAGAUAUUUGCACCUAUGCUGGAAAUUUCGUUACUUACCAAUGCUGCUUCAAAGGAGGAAUAUAUGAACCUGGAGACGUUGCAUGAGCGUGUGCAAGCUCUAUUGGGUGUUCCAAAGUCAACUUUUACAUUCUCUCAAUCUGCCUCGGUGAAUACUUCAGAAUUUUCCACUCAUGAUGGCAACACUGAAGAAUUUGACGAUAAUUUUCCUGACGUCUGGUCUUGUAUAGACUUCGGUGAACAUCAACCACAGAAGUUAGAUAUCAACCACAAAAGACGGAAAAUAAUGGAGUAUGGUGUUGAUGUCUCUUUAGUUAACGAUGCAAGUCACGAUCAACCAAUUCACGAGAUGAUUCCCUCGAAAGGCUUACAGGCUAGCCAAAUAUCAGUGGGAAUCGACAGUAUGCCUACUCUCGAGAAGGAUGUUAUUAUUAUUGAUGCUGAUGAUGAUGAAGAGGACAUACAAGGCAGAACUGCAUUCAACCAGAAGGGGGUAAAUACUAACAGAGAACUUAUUAUUAUUGAUGAUGAUGGUGAAGAGGAGAAAGAUCUUGGAAGACAUGACAUUGUAGACAACAUUUCCAUGGAAAUGGACAUUGGAGCAAAUUCCAAUAUGCAUGCUCCUAUUGAUGUAGAGGACAAACAAGAAGGAAUUGGAUUCAACCAGGAGGGGACAGAUGCUCAAAAGGAAGUCAGUGAGCCAAAAGCUGAACAAGAGAAGCAAACAAAAUCCACUAAGAGAAUAAAUGAUGCUGUUUCCUUGAUUGAUUCAUUCAGAUGGAAGCAAAUAACAGAACAUGUUAGUAGUCUGAGAAAGGAAUCUGUUCAGAUUACUUCUAAGGCUGAAGCACGAAUUGAUGCAAACACUUGCCAAUUAUGUGAAAAGGAAAGACUUUACUUUGCACCAGUCCCACUUUUUUGUUUACAUUGUGGAAACCGCAUCAAGAGAACAUAUUUCUGUACAAAAGAAGAUGAUUUUGAUGCACAUGGUUGCAUUUGUUCUACGUGUUACAAAACUUCUAAAGGUGGGAAAAUUGCAUUCAAUGGGACAUCUAUUUCCAAGAAAAAUCUUGAAAAAAGGAAUAAUGAUGAAGUACUUGAAGAACCGUGGGUUGAAUGCACUAAAUGUGAAAGGUGGCAGCAUCAAAUAUGUGCACUCUACAACAAGAAAGCAGAUUUGGACUGCAGGGCUGAGUACAUAUGUCUUUUAUGCCGCCUAAAAGAAAUUGAAAAUGGACGGCAUGUUCCCUCAAAGGCUGCUAAUUAUUGUGCUAAGGACUUGACAAGAACUGUGCUAAGUGACCACUUAGAGAAAAGACUUUUCGAGCGUCUCCUGCAAGAGAGAGAGAACUGGGAAAAAGUUGAAGGGAAUGAGAAACUUGAUGAGGUUUUAGCAGCAGAAAAUCUUUCAAUUAGAGAAGUUCUAUCUGUCGACAAGCAAUUGAAAGUGAAUAAGCAGUUUCUGGACAUCAUCCCAGAGGAGAAUUACCCUACUGAAUUCUCUUAUAGAUCAAGAGUUAUACUUCUGUUUCAGAAAAUUGAAGGAGCAGAUGUAUGCAUUUUUGGAAUGUAUGUCCAGGAAUUUGGCUCUGAAUGCAGCAAUCCCAAUCAGCAUUGUGUAUACAUUUCAUAUCUUGAUUCCGUCAAGUAUUUUAGGCCUGAAAGAAGGACAAAGAGUGGGGAAGCCCUUCGUACCGUCGUUUACCAUGAGAUCCUGAUUGGAUACCUUGAUUUUUGCAAGAAAAAUGGUUUCUCAACUUGCUACAUAUGGUCCUGUGCUCCUUCAGAAAAAGGGGAUGAUUAUAUACUAUAUUGCCAUCCCGAAGAGCAAAAAACUCCAAAGAAUGAUAAGCUACGCCGUUGGUAUCUUUCAAUGCUAAAAAAGGCUAGCGAAGAGAAUAUUGUCGUUGGUUUAACUAACGUAUAUGAUCGUUUCUUUCUUCCUACUGAAAAAUGGAAGUCCAAGGUGACAGCUUCUCGUUUGCCAUACUUUGACGGAGACUGCUGGUGCGGUAAUGCUAUGGUAGUAGCCAACACCCUCGAAAAAGAGAGUAGAGUAAACUAUGAAAAGUUGUUGAAACAAGUGUCAAAUAGAACAAUAAAGGACAUGGGACAUGCCAAGCCUUCCAAAGACAUUCUGGUGAUGCAAAAAGUUGGCCAAAAUAUAUUGCCUACAAAAGAAAACUUCCUCGUAGCUCACUUGCGAUCUUCAUGCAUACACUGCCAUGAAGUGAUAGUGUCUGGGAAGCGAUGGUUUUGCACUGAAUGCAAGAAGUUUCAGGAGUGUGAAAGAUGCCAUAGUUCUGAGGAACACACUUCAAAGAACGGCGAGGUGCAUACACUUUGUCAGGCUUCUGUUGAUGAUAUCCCCUCCGACACUAAACGUAAUGAUAUCGUCCUUGAGAGUGAAUUGUUUGAAAAUAGGGAUAACUUUUUGAUCUUCUGCCAGAAGUCUCAGUUUCAGUUUGACACACUCCGUCGUGCCAAGUAUUCCUCCAUGAUGAUCCUCUACCAUCUACACAAUCCUACUGUGAUGAUGACUCAAAACGAACACCAGUUGAGUCAAAAUUGUUCAACACCAGUAUGUCAAUCUGGGAAUCAGGAGUCAAAUGAGGAAAUGAAGGUGAAACUGUUGAACAUUUUGAAGCAUGCAUCUCAAUGCCGGGCAACUAAGUCUGAACCAUGCUCUCAUCCAAACUGUUCUCAGAUCAAGAAGCUAUUCUCUCAUGCCAGUAAGUGUGAAAUUCGAGUGAAUGGGGGCUGCCAGCAUUGUAAGAAGAUAUGGUUUAUACUAACUGCUCACUCCAGAAAUUGCAAAGACUCGGAAUGUAGAAUACCACGUUGCAGUGAUUUGAAGAAGCAUGUAGAACAGAAAUCAAUGCAUUCUGAAUCUUGA